AUACAGGUGUUAGACAUGAGGCGCAUCAAACGCACGGCUAGGCGAUCGAUAGGUCCUAUGACUGAUGCGGGACCUAGCCAGACCCAGGCUACAACGGGUCCCUCUAGUGAUUCACAGGGUGCGAUAAAAAAGAGAGGCCACACACGAUGCCUCGAAGUUUGGAAGAUGCGUGAAGGACAACGCAUUACUAUUCCCAUCAAUACUAAAGGACAACCCGUUGGUGACAAUGUUAACAAGUUGACAAACUUCCUAGGGACUAUAGCACGCAAUGGGGAAUAUGCACCCCUUACAUUUACUGAUUGGAGGGCAGUGCCGAAUGAGAAGAAGGAUGAUAUGUUAGGACUUGUUAUGUCUAAGUUUGAGUUUGACGCGGAUGCAAAGAAGUGGGUGUUACAAUCAAUUGGUAGAAAAUGGAAGGAUUGGAAAGGUGAACUGAAAAAACUCUACUAUUCUCCUCAUGAGACUGACGAGGAGCGGCUUGCGAACCUUGAUGAGCGGGUCAAAGAGGAUCAGUGGAAGGCACUCAUUCAGUUUUGGAACUCUAAAGAAGGGAAUAGGGAUUGUCUUGAGUAAGGAUCCGCUCACAAAAGUAGGCGGGUUCCCACUUGGAAAUGGUUUUUGGGAAGUAUAUAUUCAGGUGGCAAUUGUACGUGAAGAGACUUUAAUGAGACCCUAUGGAUGAUACAGAACAAUUGGGGAUGCAGAUGGAACAAGUAUUUGUUGGCC